UCAAAAAUAGCCGGUGUGCCAGUCAGUGCGGCGAUGUCGACGGCGAACGACGUUUCGGCGGUACGGUUCGGCCGGUGGUGGUGGUGCUGGCGGAGACGAAGGAGGAGUACUACCUGCGGGCCAACGAUGCCGACGGGAUACGCGAAGACGAUCGUCCUUCUCGGUGUACUCGCGGUGUUAUGCUCCCUCCUGGGCACCGUGGACGCCGUCGCAAGGACGAAAUCGGACGAGCCUCGGGGCAAAGGCCACAAGGACGCGGAACCUGUCAUCGAGGAAGUCAAUGCCAAACAGCUCGAGCGGCUCCUCAACGAGAAGGAUUUUGUUGCCGUGUACUGGUAUGCGAGAAGUUGCACGACAUGCGACAGAGUGCUGGCCGAACUGGAGAAGAUCGACGACGACACGGACCACUUUGGGGUCGACUUCGUCAAGAUCAACGACAAACGACUGGCCAAGCAAUAUGGUAUCAAAAAUUUCCCAGCCCUCACGUAUUUCCGUGAAAAGGAACCAAUCAUAUACGAAGGAGACUUGAUGGACGAAGAAAAUGUCCUAGACUUCCUGACGAGUCUAGAGGCAAUGGACUUGCCCGAUCGUAUUGAAGAGGUAAACUCGAAGAUUCUGCAGAAGAUCGUCGAAGACACAGAAUUUGUGGCAGUCUUAUUCUGUCCGGAUUCGCAGCGGUGUGCUGGCGUCGGUUCUAACAAACCAGACUGCAAAAAAUGUCUCAAGGCCCUUCAAGAACUGGAGAACAUCGACGACGAAGCUGAUCAGUUGGGUAUCGGGUUCGUGAAGAUCGCCGACGAGCAGCUCGCGGAUGAGUACAAUCUGGGCCCACUUCCAGCCUUAGUCUACUACAGGCAUCAAAUUCCUAUUAUUUACGAGAAUGAGCUUAGCAGAGAAGAGGACGUGCUGGAAUGGUUGGUCGCGAACAAGAGCACUGGCGACGAAGAGGAUGUGAUCGAGGACGUCACUGCCAAAACCCUGCAGACUUUAAUUGGAAACAUUGACAACCUGGUCGUCUUAUUUUACGAUCACGGUGACGAAGAUUCGAUGCAGGUGUUGAACGAGCUAGAAAAGAUCGACGACGACUGCGAUAAGCACGGGAUCCAGUUCGUCAAGAUCGACGACGAGAAGGCGGCAAAGGAUUUCGGAAUCGAUAACCUCCCAUCAAUAGUCUAUUUUGAGAAGCAAAUCCCGAAUGUUUACGAUGGAGACGUCGAGAACGAAGACGAAAUCCUGGAGUGGCUACUGUCGCAGUUGGAAAAGGAUGAAAUCGAAGACAUCACCGACGAAAUGUUGGAUCACUUGAUCAAGGAUGGAAAAACCAUUGCUGUGUUGUUCUAUGACAACAACGACCGGAAGUCCCAGAAGAUCCUCAACGAACUGGAGAACAUUGACGACGAGUGUGAUCAGCUUGGAGUGAUCUUCGUAAAGAUCGAUAACCCGGAAGAGGCUAAAGAAUAUGGUAUCGAAAAGAUGCCGAGCUUGCUCUAUUUCGAAAAAGGAAUUCCGAUAUUAUAUGAGGGAAAUCUAGAAGACGAGGAGAAGGUGCUGAAAUGGUUGGAAGAUCAGCAGAAGAGUGAUGAGAUCGAAGACAUCACCGACGAAGUGCUCGACAUGAUCAUCGAAAAGAUGCCGCACGUGGCCGUACUAUUCUAUGACAAGGAUCAAAAGAAGAGUCAGAAGGUUCUCGGCGAACUAGAGAACAUCGAUGACGACUGUGACCAGCAAAACAUAGCGUUCGUGAAGAUUAGCGACCCCGAUGAGGCGAAAGAGUACGGCAUUGACAGUUUACCUACACUGGUACUCUUCGAGAGAAAAAUACCGCACGUGUACGAAGGCGAUCUGAUGAACGAGGAUCAGUUGCUGGGCUGGCUGCUGCAUCAGAAGAAGCACACGGAGAUACCGGAAGUGACGGACGAGAUGAUGGAGAAGCUGAUUGAGACCUCGCCGUUCUUGGCAGUCCUGUUUUACGACAAAGAAGACAAGCAGGACAUACGUGUUCUGAACGAGCUGGAGAACAUCGACGACGAUUUGGAAAGGGAGGAGAUCGUCAUCAUCCGGAUGGACAACAAGGCCGAGGCGAAGGAGUACGGUAUCGAUCAUUUUCCGACUCUGGUCUACUUCGAGAACAAAAUCCCGGCCAUUUACGAGGGCGAUCUUCUGAACGAGGAUGAGGUCCUCGAGUGGCUCAUCGAGCAGAAGCACACAGCCACCAUCGAGGAAGUCACGGACGAGAUUUUGACCGAUCUGAUCGAGGAACACGAAUACGUCGUCGCGUUUUUCAGCGGAGACUGCGAUGAAGGAGACCACUGCGACAAAGUGCUCGAAGAACUCGAGAACAUCGAUGACGAGCUGGACGAGACGGGCAUCAUCUUCAUCACCACAGAAGACACUGGAGUCGCGAAGAAAUACGGGAUCAGAAGCUUCCCCACCCUGGCCUUCUUCAGAAACAAGGAACCUUUAAUCUUCAAAGGUGACCUUGAAGACGAGGACGAAGUGCUGUCGUGGAUCACCGACGAAGAUACUCUGGAGAUCCCCGGGAAGAUCGAGGAAGUGAAUGCUAAGAUGUUGGAAAGUAUACUGGAAGAAAAUGAUUACGUCGUUGUCUUCUUCUACAAAGAAGGCGAUAAAAAGAGCCAGAAGAUCCUACAGGAGCUAGAGAAUAUCGAUGAAGAGUGCGAAGAGAAGGACAUCGACUUCGUGAAGAUCUCGGACGAGGGUAUCGAGAAGGAGUACGAUCUACCGGGUCUACCGGCAUUGGCGUACUACAGGCACAAGUUCAGGCAAGUGUACACUGGCGACAUGAUGCACGAGGAGGCCAUUUUGGAAUGGAUCCUGGAGCUCCGUACCCAAACCCCAGACGUGAUCGAAAGCGUGGAUAGAAAGACGUUACAAGUUCUCAUCAACGACGUCGAGCAUCUCGCUGUAUUCUUUUACGAUGAUAAAUGUGAGUCGUGCCCGGAAAUCCUCGAGGAGCUAGAAACCAUUGACGACGACACCGAUAAACACGGUAUUCAGUUCGUAAAGGCGAACGAUGCUAAAUUAGCCGCUGAGAUCGGUGUGUUCUCAUUCCCAGCUCUCGUUUAUUACGAGACUGGCGUCCCCAUCAUGUACGACGGUAAUCUUAAGAACGAGGAGAGAGUUCUGGAAUGGCUAAUCGAACAGAAAAGUAAUCUGCUCGACGAGACCGAGGUGCUCGAUUGGAUGGUGAAGCAGAAGACGGACGAAAGCAUCGAGGAGAUUGAUCGCGAUACGCUCACCAAGUAUAUCGAGACGAAAGAAUUCCUGGCUGUUGUUUUCUACAAGGAGGAAGAUCCAGAGAGUCCUAGAGUGCUCAGGCACGUCGAGUUGAUCGACGAUGAGGCGGCUGAGUACGGCAUAAAGAUUGUCAGGAUGAAGGAUCGGUUGAUGGCGAAGAAGUAUGGAUUCAGGAACCCGCCGGGCAUCACGUACUUCCGCAAAGGGAAGAACAUCAACUACGACGGAGACAUAGACGAUGAGGAGGAGAUCCUCGAUUGGCUGACCAAUCCCGAGAACAUGGAGCUCACCGACCACAUUGAACGAAUUAACAAGAAGAUGUUCCAGAAGAUACGACAGACGACUGACUACCUGGCUGUGUUUUUCUACAGCAACGACUGCAAACAAUGUGGCAGGGUGCUGGCAGAGAUCGAGCAUAUCGAUGAUGAAGCUGACGGGGCGGGAAUCAAGUUUGUGAAAAUCGACGACAAACAGCUGUCUAAGCAGUACGGCGUGUUCGCACUGCCUGCCAUUUUGUUCUUUAAGAUGUCCUCGAAGGAACCGGUUAUCUAUGCAGGUGAUUUGUACGACGAGGAGCAGAUUCUACAGUGGUUGAUGACACAAAAAGAUCCCUCCGGAGAGGUAAUCGAAGAUUUGGAGGGGGAGGACCUCUUAAAUUUAAUUAGAGAGUCGGAGUCGCUGGCGGUGUACUUCUGGAACAGAACGCUUUGCGAGUUGUGUCAGGCAAAAUAUCAACGCAAGCAGACUCGUCACAGGGACCGCAGGCACAUCGAACACGAGGCGGCCGAGGAACUCGAUGGCGUCGAAGGCUGCGAGCAGUGUAUGGGAAUCUUGGAGGAGCUGGAAAACAUCGACGAUGACUGCGACAGACACGGAAUUACUUUCGUCAAGACUCAAGACUACAAGGUGGCAGAAGAUUACGGAGUCACUGAAUUCCCCGUGGUAGUGUAUUUCGAGAACCAAGUGCCUAGCAUGUUCGAAGGCGAUUUAUCGGUGGAGGAAGAAGUUUUACAAUGGCUAAUCACGCAGAAAACCGAGGACAGAAUCGAAUUGAUAACCAGAGUGAUGCUGGAAACAUCGGUCGAGGAGACUCAAUACCUUGCAGUAUAUUUCUACAAACAACACUGUCACAUAUGCAACGAAAUUUUAGAAGGAUUGGAGAGAAUCGACGACGAAUGCGACGUUUUCGGCAUUCACCUGGUCAAAAUUCAGGAUCCCCAGUUAGCCAAACGUUAUUCGAUUAAAACCUUUCCCGCGCUCGUUUAUUUCAGAAAUGGCAAUCCUCUUCUAUUCGAAGGUGAUCUACAAAAUGAAGAAUCGGUUCUCGAGUGGCUGAUCGACGACGACAACCGCGAACUGGCAGAUGAAAUUGAGUCUGUUAACGAAAGAAUGUUGGAGAGACUCUUACACGAAUCUCCAUUCUUAGCGGUGUUCUUCUACGACGAAGAUUGUCCCGAAUGCGACGAGAUCAUGGAGGCCUUAGAAAAGAUUGACGGCGAGGCUGACUUAUUCGGAAUCGACUUCGUGAAAGUCAAUGGCCCCGACGCUGCCGAAAAAUAUGGAAUCCUAAAUGUCCCAGCCCUUGUCUAUUUCCGCAAAAGAACACCAUUGAUCUAUGACGGGGAUUUAACGCAGGAGGAUAAGAUACUUCAAUGGCUGACUUCUCAGGACGUUUUCGAAAUUAAGAAUGAAAUUGAAGAAGUCAACAAAAAGAUGUUGGACAAGCUACUCGACGAAAAUGAAUUCUUAGCAGUCUUCUUUUAUGAGCAUAACAACAAAGAAAGCAGGGAUGUAAAUGAAAAACUAGAGAACAUCGAUGGGGAGACGGACAACUUGGACAUCACGUUCGUCAAGAUGGCCGAUCCGAGAUAUGCUAGGAAAUGGGGCGUCACUAAACUUCCUGCCAUCGUCUACUUCCGCAAAAGAUUCCCCAGUAUUUAUCGAGGCGACGUACACAACGAACAAAGCGUGCUCGAAUGGCUGCGCAAGAAUAGGUACCGUCAACCGGAGCUGAAUAUCUACAUGUACAUGCUGAUCGUCAUCACCGUCUUGUUCGCAAUGUACACCGGCUUCCUCUUGUCGUGCUUCCGGUCGGAGCCAGCCGCACCAGCCGCGCAUCCGAAACAAGCGUGAAAACUCGGACAGGAAAACGAGAGACGGUUAAUGCAAGAAAAAAAAGGGAAGAGUACAGAGACUACGUGGACUGUUGCUGCGCGAAUGUGCGUUAUUGUUGUUGCUCCGACUUGUUUCACUUAACAAACGCCGUUCGUCCGGAACGAACGACACGAUCAGAGGCUCGACGAUUCGACAAUGAAAUCCGUCAUUCUUGCGCGGCAUCGAUAAGCGCCAUAUUUCGCUAGCCAAUGAACGAAUAUAAAAAGUAAUACUUAGCUAACGCACCAUGCCAUAUCAGGCUCGAGUCGUCUCUGAAUUUCGUGGAUCCCUUGCCCGGCGAGAGAACGGAUCGGAUAGGGAUCAGAGCAGGUCACGGCUGCCGUGGCACGGUAUGUAAAUAUAUGUAAACGUGGACCAAAUCCGUCGACCUUUCCAAAGAAGAUUUAGACCUCUGUCAAAUUAAGGAAGGAUCUAGGGAGUUGAGGUAUCUAAACAACGUGAGCGAAGGCGCGUUAGUGUUUAAGCUACCAUCCGGUGCUAAUACACUCGAGUCGCAUCGUGUUCUAGGGAAAUUAUUGUUAAAACGUAUUUAUUAUCUCGUUUGCUAUAUAUUUUUAUCGCGUUUAAAUCUUUGUUUACUACAGGUUAUUGUAUUGCUUUGUUACGAUCCACUGUAACCACUAUUCCGACCACACUUUGUAUUUCUUACGUAAGUGAUACACGUACCAGGAAUUCUUUGUUGUGUUUCUUCUUUUUCUUUUACUUCUUCUUUUACUUAUUCUACUUCUAUUUCUUCUACUUCUUCUACUUCUUCUACUUCUUUUACUUCUAUUAUUUCUUCUUCUUCUUCUACUUCUUCUACUUCUCUUCUUAUGUUCCUUCAUCUUCUGCUUUUUCUUAUUCUUCUUCUUCUUCUUCUUCUUCUUCUUUUCUUUUUAGAGUGAUUAUAAACUGAAUCGACGCACACCGGCGUACACUGUUGCGAUUUAAGGAAUGUUUGGUGGUCGAUGAUCAUCGACGAUCGUAAUUUAUAAUCAUUAAUGGUUUUCGUACUUGUUUAGCGUGAACUAUCGACUGUCGUCGAUGAUUUUGACAGUGGUCUUGCGCGCGGCCGAUCAUCUUUGGUCCACGUUCGCGGGGGGAUGAUCGAGACACAAUCGUCGCGUUGAUUCGCGUUUGUUUCCGUGGAUCAUCGCCGAGUUUUCGUUUAAUGAACGGACAGGGUAAAGAUCAAUGACCAGUAAAACAAUUGCCUGUUAGCGUAUACCGGAUUACGAGGAAUUUAUAAAAAAGAAAAAAACGAACCCUUUGGACCAAUUCCAAACCUGUUUGAGCGCCACUUCCAUCUGCCAAUUGUAAAUAAUGUAAUAGUGUGAACGAUGCAUUAUAUAAAACAAAAUACGAUGAUUUUCCUUUACUUUUACGUUUCGCAUUCGUUUCUUUCCUCCCGUCUGUUUCUCUAACAGGACUCCGCAUAGAUUUAGUUAACGAGAAUUAUUCGCGCGUACGCGUUAUAUUGGCUCCACUUUGGAUACACUUCGUUGAAUUAGGGACAGCGUUGUUAUUACGCAGAAUAUGUAUUUCUCGAAACAUGUCUUUAAAAAGUAAAUUAAAUUUUCGAAAUACAUCUGGGAUUAUGUUAACAUGCA